AUGAUAGGAAAUUUUAAUAAAUAAAUGAUUUUAGAUGCUAAUAACUUUAAUAACAUAAUUUCAUGGGAUGAUUAGAUUUUAGAAAGAGGAAACUAUGUAGAUGGCAAAUAUAAUUUUUUAAUAUCUAAUGAGUACACUCUUGAUGAUUAUUGUAAUCUUUUGCACCAAUAGUGUCAUGAUUAUGAUUUAAAAUGUUUUGAUUAAUUUAGUUAAAGAUAAUAGUAAUUCAUCCCAAAUCUUACAGAAAUGAUGUAUAAAGAGUACUAGUAUUAAUCUUGGUCUUCUUCUCUUUGCUUAUAAUGGGAAUAAUUAGCUAAAGAGUAAUAAAUAAAAAUUAUUUUAGCAUCUCUUAGUGCUUCCGUUACGAAAGCCUUGACAACAAAUUCCAACCUAAAAGAAAUAGGAGUCCAAUCCUAUUAUAUAACAUUUUAAUCUGACGGAAUAUUUGUUUCUAAUGAAUUAAGAUUUACAGAUUCUUCUUAGUUUAAUGGGUUUUAAUUUAUGGAUAACCAUGGCGAGCUAUGCUAAGAUAGUUCAUGUAGCUGUCAAUAUUAUAAUAUGAAGAGAUUAUUGCCUUUGGAUUGGAGAUGUAGACCAUGGUUUUAUUCUUCUUAUAAAGAAUAUCAAAUAACAUUUUCUGCACCUUAUUCAGAUCUAACCACAAAUUCUUCAGAUACAACGAUAACAUAUAAGAUUACAUAAAAUUAAAAUGAAUAUAAUAUAGAAUAAGAAAAAAACAUGAACACUAUUGCAGUUUAAUCCGUUGAUUUAGAACUUAAUUAAGUUAAAUAAAGAUUAUCUAAUAGUUAAAAUAUCAGUUUAGAAUAUUCAUACAUUGUGUCGCCUAAAACUUUUAACUAUGACGAAAAUUAAGGCUACUACGAGCUGAUAGCAAUGGUACAUCCGCUUAGCAACGGCACGAUUUAAAAUAUAACUGAUAUAGAAUUUUAAAACUCAACAAAUAAACAAGAGGAAAUUAAUGAGUAUUUACAAAAUGUAGAUUUUAUGCUUAACACAGAUAUCAGGGGAGUAGGUGCAGAAAAAUUUUUACAAGAUUAAAAAAUAUUUAAAACUAUUUAAAAAAAUGGUUAAAAUUAUCUUGUAUACUUUACUUAGCUUAGAGUUUGUUAUGGUAAUUUAUAUACAUAAGAAAAUAUAAUAUUUGGUUACUUGGCGAGAGUAAUCUCAACUGAAGUUAUCAAGACAUAAUUAGAUAUUGUAGUUAUUAGAUUUUCACCAAUGAAGAUAGCUCUAUUUCUUACUUACACUUCUUGCUUAGUAUUCAGUAGUAUUGCUCUAAGCAUGCUACUUGCUAAAUUCUUAAAAUAUAACUUUGAUAUUCCUAUAAAUAUCCUAAAUUAGCUUGUUUGCUAAUCAUAAAUACAAGAAGUCCACACAUUUUCUGACAUGAUAAGAAAAGGAUAGAUCAAAACUCAACAAGAACUUAAAAACUUGAUAUUUGCUAUAGAUUCCAGAGUAUUCGCUUAGUAUCUAGUAUAUAAUUUUAUGAAAAUAUAUGCCUCAAGAAAUUAUUAAUUAGCAAAUCUACUCAUUUAAACUUGCUCAAUUGUAAAAUAAGAAGUAUCAAUUAACAAAAAAAUAACGCUUAAUGAAGCUAGUGAAAGUAAUUUAAAUGGCUCGGAAUUUCUAAAAAUUAACUCAGACUUAUUAUCAGGAAAUAGAGCUGAAUCAAAUAACCUUAACAUCAGUUACAAACUGUCACCUCAAUCUUAAAUGGGUGAUGAUAAAAAAGUAAUUUUAGCCUAAGCAAUAGAUUUAUUAUGGGAAUCACAAUAAAUUUUUAAUAUUUUGUCUAGCAUAAAUUACAAUGAUAAUGAUGUUAAUGAGCUACGUUUAAGAAAUACAUUCUCUACAAUAUUCUUUGGAGUAGAUAUUAUCUUUAAAAGGCUUAUGUCAUUAACAAUAUUCAACACAAAUUGGAAGUUUUGA